AUGAAAUUUACAUUGUAUCAAUUCAUUCCUGAUAGUAACAACUCAAUAAGGGCAACAAAGCAACAGCUUAGUUCAAAGAAUACCAUUGGUUCUACUACGCAUGAACAUAAACCAACGAAUGAAACAAUGGUGAUGGAACAAUAUCAUGCACCUAAUGGGUCUGUAUGCUACAGUUGUUCGUUCCCUAUUCACGAAGCCCAGUCCUCCAACCAGACACUCCUAUCAUCAAGUAACGACUGUGAAUAUCCCAACUCUCUCGCUUCACCAAUGUCAAAAGCAAAUACAAUCACCUCCACGGUCUUCCAUGAAAUAACUUUCAACCGCUCAGGAGUCUUUAUGGACACCCAAGUAACAAUUCCAAAUCUAAAAAGAAAAGCAUCCCCAAACGAUGUUUGGUACCAAAAACAACGAAAAAUUAGAAGUCCUAGGUUAAAACAACAAAUUAAACAAGACGAACAUAUAUCUUCUUCAGAAUGCGAUUCUUACUUGCAUCAUAAUGACAAGGUUUUGCAUGUUGACACGAACACCGUUCAGGAAACACUUCACGUCUUACAGACACCCUUCUCAUCAGCUGUAGGCCCAGAACAGUUAGAAAGUUUGAAAUGCGUCAAACGUAUAAGGCCUACUCGAUACUCUAUCAGUAUUAAGGAACUGCUGAAUUAA